GUCCAUGGUUGUACGCUGGGAGCCUAACAGAGAGGGGCUGGGUACGUGCGAGAUGCGGCCAUAGUCACAGCACAUUCUCUGAAAUUAUAACCCGGCGGAGCAUUUAUUUUUGCAGCGGAUCAGAGCCGACUGAAAGACUGUGGACGUGAGGCAUUAUGGCUGAGCAGCAGAGGCAGCGCUCUCUGUCCACCGCUGGGGAGUCUCUCUACCAUGUGUUGGGAGUGGACAAGGUGGCCACACCUGAUGAUAUUAAGAGAUCUUACAGGAAAUUGGCGUUAAAGUUCCACCCUGACAAGAAUCCCGACAAUCCAGAAGCGGCAGAAAAGUUCAAGGAGAUAAACAACGCCCAUGCAAUCCUGAAUGACCCCACGAAGCGUAACAUUUAUGACAAAUACGGCUCUCUGGGACUGUAUGUGGCUGAGCAGUUUGGAGAGGAGAAUGUCAACACGUACUUCGUCCUGUCGAGCUGGUGGGCAAAGGCGCUGUUUGUAUUCUGCGGCCUGGCCACUGGCUGCUACUUCUGCUGUUGCCUGUGUUGCUGUUGUAACUGCUGCUGCGGAAAGUGUAAACCUCGGCCUCCGGAGGGCCAGGAACAAGAUUUUUACGUGUCCCCUGAGGACCUGGAGGCCCAGCUGCAGUCUGAUGAGAGAGAGGCUGGCGGUGAGCCCAUUGUGCUGCAACCAUCGGCGACAGAGACAACCCAGUUAACAUCAGACGGUCACCAUUCCACUUACCACACUGACACCGGCUUCAACUAACCCCCCCUGCCCCCGUUUCCUCCUGUCCCGGCCUGCGGUCCUGCCUGCUUCCCUGCUCCACCUUAAUGAGAUGAAAAGAGGGGCAAACCAUGUUUCCACUUCCGAAAGAGAGAGCCACGUAGAAGAGAGGGACAAGUGAGCAUGGCCCACAAACGGAACUAAUGAAGACACAUCCCUUAUACCCUAACCCUUGAUUGGUUCGCUACUCCUCCCUCCCUCCCCCCAAUACAAGAAGAAAAGAGAAAGAAAAAUAUUGUUUCCCUUUCGUUUCUUCUUUUGUAUUUCUUGGCCUUUAACCACACAAUUUGCGUACCCCCCACUUUUCCUUUCCCUUGUUUCACAUCAUGGUGUAGCAUGCACUGUUUAAAACAAACAAAAAAAAAACAUUGUCUCCAAUUUUGUUUUAUAUUUUGUGACAUUUUUUCAUUUGAUAAAUUCAUGAUGUUGGUGCAUAUGUAUGUGCAAUAUGUUCAUAUGAGUGUAGUUCACUUUGGGGGGUAAAGUUUACUUGAUGUUGUAUGCUAAGUGAGUAAGAGGGGCCUGGCUCAGGGAGGUGCUGGAUGGAGAGACGUGUUUAUGCUGUCUGUGGUGGUUUGUGCCAUCAUGUCACCUUCAGAGCGGAGUUGUCACAUGCUGUUAGAAAUUUUCACUUUUUGAUUUGCUAUCGAUCCCGGCAUUAGUUCAAAAUGCCACUUCCUUCACUCGUGUCAUCAUCAGAGCCACUGCCUUUGGUGCUGUUUGUCUUGACUGUGCUCCCCCGAGUAUGACGAUUGUAAAUCAUGAAGUUGUUAAGACUCAGAGCUUCAUUUGCAGACAUUUUAUCUUAAACGGCCGAUGAUAUAAUAGUUUUGUCAGAGUUUUAAUUAGCGUUUGACUCGUCCUUCCUCUAUCUCAGCUUUACUUCAGUCCAUACUUGCAGGAAAUAUGCUGCUUAUCUUUCCUGCGCUACUGAACAAGUAAUCAUGACAACUAGUUUCAAGCUUUUUUUUUUUUCGUUAUUGGUGGUUUAAAAUUGCUUGGGUUACUCAUCUAAUGUGGGCUGUUUUAUCACAGGUGCAUGAGUUGGCACUUCAAGACUUGUUUUUUUUUUUUUUUUAAAGAAAUUCUAUUGCUCUUUGAUUUUCACUGAAACAUGCACAAAAUUCUUUCAUUUUGUGAUUUUUUUUUUUGUCCAUACCAGCAGUAUGAUCCAAUCCUUGUGAACUCUCACAUUGGAAUCACAAACCUAAAGCAUAAUAAGCUUAUAAAGAUGAUCUCAAAUCUGUUGCAUUCAUUACUGACAUUGAAAUGAUGCGUUUUGUCAUCAAAGACAGAGAUUUCAUUGUUGAGUUCCUCUGUUGAUAAAGCAACUGAAGGAAUAUUGAAAAUAGACACUGCAGUAUCUUAAGUUUACAUCAAAUGGCAAAACUAAUUCAAUUCAGAGACAUGACAACUCAGUGUAGACUGAAGGACAUUCAUUGUGUCUCUUAUUUUUACUUUUUUUUUGUUUGUUUGUUUAUGUAGGAAUUGAUCUUGCGCUGUUGUACUAGUACUUUCUCUUAAUUUGUGAGGCACUCUUGCUGAAGCCGAGGACCAAAGCCCAGCUAGAUAGGAACAGCAGAUCUCUAUCACUGGCUGCUCUGGUUCAGAGGGUGACAUGUUUUUUAAUUCUCAGCUGUCUUCAGUAUAUUCAGUAGUUAAUGUGAUGUGGGAAAAACAUGUUACACUCUCCAUCGUUACUUUGGGAGUGAACGCUGCCCGUGGAGCAACCAUAAGGGAUUGUUCUGGGCGGUGAAUUAUAUUAUCAUCAUCUUGUUUUGUUCCUUGUGUUUUUAACUGAAGUCUGAUGACUUUUGACUUUUUGUCCAAUGCUGUGAUUGUUUGUCAUUGUUAAAUUUGAAGAAUCUGUUUAGAGGCAGAAGCUCACGAGGCAUAUCAUCGGUGAGCGAGCGCUACAGGCAGCUCUGAAUAAAAUGACUCUAGAUUUUUCAUAACACUGAAUAUGCAUAUAUUGCCACACAUUUGCUAAUUGCCAUAAUCCAUGGUCAUCUUUGCCACUUUGUCAGUUUCAUAACUGCUAAUAAUGUGUUUAAAUGGUUUACAAUCGGUGAGCUCCUAUUGCCCACCCACAGCUAUUAAUGGUAUGGGUGUUGACCUCUGUGGCCCUUUUACGAUGUUUCCUGUAACCCUUGAUGAAACAUAGAUGUACCUGUCAUGGCUUUUUCAUUGAGAUACUGGAAAAUGCUACUGUAAAUGUUCUAAGUUGAAUGCAAUGUGUGUUCAGAAAAAACUAUAAUGGAUCAAUGAUCAGGAAAUGACUCCAUAAAAAUGUCUUGAGACAACAUAGUAUAUAGUGUAACUAUAGUGAAAUGGUUAUAUUAUGCAUUUUUGGAAUUUUAUUUAUUUCAUAUUUGUCAUGUUUCAAAUGAUGAUUGGCUAUGAUUUUAAAUGGUAUGGUGUUGUAAUGUAACCAUUAAAUUUAGCAAGGAAUUAUUUAAUGGUUAAGGUCGCUUGUACAUACACUUGGCCCUAUAUAAAGUAUAAAUCUUGACGUUUAUGUUGUAGCAUGGUAAUUGUGUGUCUGAAAGAAAACAAAUGGAUCAUUGAUCUGAUUUGCUGUUGUUGAAUAAAUGUUCCUGAACAUUUUG